AUGCCGACAUACAUCAUGAUUUUAUACUUGAGCACUGUGCUCGUCAUUAUUUUUACCGCCACGUGGUACGUUUUCAAACGCCGUGGUAUCGACCCCAGAACGGACCCCGAUGCACCUAUUUCCGUCAACUACUUCCCAUCCCGAAAGUGCAACUAUCACUGUGGAUUUUGCUUCCAUACCGAAACCUCUUCCUACAUCCUUCCAAUAGACGAGGCAAAACGCGGACUUCUUCUCCUCCAGCAGGCUGGUAUGCGUAAAUUGAACAUUGCCGGUGGAGAACCCUUUUUAAAUCCAAAAUUUCUCAGUCAAAUCUUGCAAUACUCCAAGGAAGUACUGGGCUUGGAAAGCAUCAGCAUAAUCAGCAAUGGUAGUAAGAUACGCGAAAACUGGCUUGAAGAGCACGCUAAAUGGUUGGAUAUCCUUGCUAUCUCCUGCGAUUCUUUCCACCCAGAAACAAACAAAAAGAUAGGACGAGGAACCGAUGGUGGUAAUGUGACUCGGUUGUUCCAGAUAGCUGCAUGGUGCAGGAAAUACGGAAUCAAAUUUAAGCUGAACACCGUGGUUAACAUCUACAAUUGGGAUGAAGACAUGGCUACGGAGAUUCAGAAUUUAGCUCCAUUUCGAUGGAAGGUGUUCCAAUGCCUUAUCGUGGCAGGAGAAAACGACGACGAGACCCGGAAGACAGAUGCUAGGAAAUUUCUCGUAACGGAGGAGCAAUGGCAAACAUUUUGCCGAAGGCACGAGCACUUGGAUUGUUAUGUGCCCGAAGACAACAAGCAUAUGGCGAGCAGCUAUCUACUGUUAGAUGAAUACAUGUGCUUCUUGGAUAAGGGCGAGGGCAUGAUGACCAAGAGCGAAUCUAUUCUAAAAGUUGGAGUUAUGGAAGCGAUGAAACAGGUUGUUUGGGAUAGGAAGUCUUUCGUGGAGAGGGGUGGUAUUUAUGAUUGGAGCAGGCCAGAGUUGUUUAUGCCUGACCAAUCAAAUGGUUGUAAUGGUGCCAUUGGUGACAUCGAUUCCGAGGAACUCCAAUGGUGA